CACUGUGCCCUGCUCUGCGUGCCCCGGGGGGGCCGGGUCGACGUCGGGGCGACGCCAUGGACCGAAGCCGGGUGCUGGAGCAGCUGCUCCCAGAGCUCACAGGGCUGCUCAGCCUCCUGGACCACGAGUACCUCAGCGACACCACCCUGGAGAAGAAGAUGGCUGUGGCCUCCAUCCUACAGAGCCUGCAGCCCCUCCCAGCCAAGGAAGUCUCCUACCUGUACGUGAAUACCGCAGACCUCCACUCUGGGCCCAGCUUUGUGGAGUCCCUCUUUGAAGAAUUUGACUGUGACCUGAGUGACCUUCGGGACAUGCCAGAGGACGACGGGGAGGCCAGCAAAGAAGCCAGCCCUGAGCCAGCCAAGAGCCCAUCUCUACAGAAUGCAGGUGAGCUGCCUCCGCCACUCCCCAGCAAGCCUCCGCCUGAGGAAUACUAUGAGGAGGCCCUCCCGCUGGGACCCGGCAAGUGCCCUGAGUAUAUCAGCUCCCACAAUGGCUGCAGCCCAGCCCACUCCAUUGUUGAUGGCUACUAUGAGGAUGCAGACAGCAACUAUCCCACGACCAGGCUGAACGGCGAGCUGAAAAACUCCUACAACGACUCUGAUGCAAUGAGCAGCUCCUACGAGUCCUACGAUGAGGAGGAGGAAGAAGGGAAGGAGCCGCAGCCCAGGCACCAUUGGCCCUCAGAGGAGGCCUCAAUGCGCCUGGUGAGGGACUGCAGGAUAUGUGCCUUCCUCCUGCGGAAAAAGCGCUUCGGGCAGUGGGCCAAGCAGCUGACCAUCAUCAGGGAGGACCAGCUCCUGUGCUACAAAAGCUCCAAGGACCGACAGCCGCAUCUGAGGUUGGCGCUGGGAGUCUGCAAUGUCAGCUACGUGCCCAAGGACAGCCGGCACAAGAGGCAUGAGCUGCACUUCUCCCAGGGGGCCACAGAGGUCUUGGUGCUGGCUCUGCAGAGCCGGGAGCAGGCCGAAGAGUGGUUGAAGGUAGUUCGGGAAGUGAGCAAGCCAGUCAGAGCCGAAGGGCUGGAGGUCCCCAGGUCCCCAGUCCUCCUGUGCAAGGUGGACCUGGACAAGAGGCUGUCCCAAGAGAAGCAGACCUCAGAUUCGGAUAGCUUGAGCACAGGUGACAACUGUUCCACCCUUGGCCGUCGGGAGGCAUGUGAACAUGGCAAAGGGAAGAAGAGUAGCCUGGCGGAGCUGAAGGGCUCCAUGAGCAGGGCUGCAGGCCGCAAGAUCACCCGCAUCAUCAGUUUCUCCAAGAAGAAGGCCCUGGCUGAUGACCAGCAAACACCCUCGGCCGAGGAGGUUCCAUGCUGUGGCUACCUGAACGUGCUGGUGAGCCAGGGCUGGAAGGAACGCUGGUGCCGCCUCCAGCACGGCACACUGUAUUUCCACAAGGACCGCAACGACCUGCGCACUCAUGUGAAUGCCAUCGCCCUAUGCGGCUGUGAGGUGGCCCCAGGCUUUGGGCCCAGACACCCCUUUGCCUUCAGGAUCCUGCGCAACCGACAGGAGGUGGCCAUCUUGGAGGCAAGCUGUUCAGAGGACAUGGGUCGCUGGCUGGGGCUGCUGCUGGUGGAGAUGGGCUCCAAAGUCACACCUGAGGCACUGCACUAUGACUACGUGGAUGUGGAGACCUUAACCAGCAUCGUCAGUGCUGGGCGCAACUCCUUCCUAUACGCAAGAUCCUGCCAGGAUCAGUGGCCUGAGCCCCGCAUCUAUGACGACGUUCCUUACGAAAAGAUGCCGGAUGAGGAGCCUGAGCGCCCCACUGGGGCCCAGGUAAAGCGCCAUGCCUCCUCCUGCAGUGAGAAGUCCCAUCGAGUGGACCCACAGGUCAAAGUUAAGCGCCACGCCUCCAGUGCCAAUCAAUACAAGUACGGCAAGAACAGAGCUGAAGAGGACGCCCGAAGGUACCUGGUAGAAAAAGAGAAGCUGGAGAAAGAGAAGGAGACAAUCCGGACAGAGCUGGUGGCACUGCGGCAGGAGAAGAGGGAGCUGAAGGAAGCCAUUCGGAACAGCCCAGGGUCUCUAGACUCAGGAGUAAAAUUAAAGGCUCUGGAGGAAGCCAUGGCCACCCUGGAAGUUCAGUGUCGGGCAAAGGAAGAACGCCGGAUUGACCUGGAGCUGAAGCUUGUGGCCGUAAAGGAGCGCUUGCAGCAGUCCCUGGCAGGCGGCCCAGCCUUGGGGCUCUCCAUGAGCAGCAAAAACAAGAGUAGGGAAACUGCAAACAAACCCCAGACCAGCGCCCCAGAGCAACCUCUGCCUGUCAACUGUGUGUCUGAGCUAAGGAAGAGAAGCCCAUCCAUAGUUGCCUCCAACCAAGGAAGGGUGCUGCAGAAAGCCAAGGAAUGGGAAAUGAAGAAGACCUAGAAAGAGGAUGCAGAUUUCAUUCCAAAGGAAUUACCAGCUUGUCCUUCUAAGGGAGAAAUGCUUUUUCACAAGGAGACACCAUGAGAAGACUGGAAAUGGGACCUAUUCUUCAGGCUCCCUAAAAGACCAGCCUUCAUUGUUUGCAUGAUUUUAUGGGAUUAUGGGGAGGGAAGAACCAGAAGGGAAGAAGAAAAUAGAGGGCACCCUUAUGACUUUACAGAGAAUGGAACUGGGUGGGGGGUAGGAGACAGAAGUCUACACAGUUGUAAAGAGUUUUUCGAUGCCUUUACCUUCCCUUCUGAAGAAGAAAUGAAAGCACCUGUGAAUAAGCCAAUCCAUCCCAUCUCAGUAUCCAGUUCCCAGUCCUUAUGGCAAAGGAAGGCAAUGCUGAAGCAUCAGUGAUGCACUGCAAAGAGGAAGAGACUUGAUCUUCUGACAGCACUGUGCCAACUGCAUGUGUGUUGGGCUUUGCUUACAACCUCCAGGCAAGGCAAAGGGGCUGAAAGGUCAAUAACAUUAUCCCUGUCUGCAAAGCAGUGCCCAAAAGCCACAGAGGACAUGCAAAUUCUACAGGCAUUCCUCAUCUGCUGAAAGCUAAGUGCAGCUACUGGAAUCUUUUCCAGAACCGAGUUUGAAAAUGAGAGAUCAGAGUAUGUGGAAUGCAAAGAGAAGCUGAGAAGCUAACAUACUUUAAGCUCACAGUGACACUCAGAGACAGGAAUGUGGAGUUCUAACGUCCACAGGACAUUGCAGGCAUUGUAAGGUGGGGUCAUUUGCUGUCUAUCAAGGACUUUACCUAUUUUAAAUCACACGGAGGCUCCUGGUGCUGUGGUUAAAAAUCCAGAAGACAGUGUUUUUAUACUCACGAAGUCCUCAUCUUAGAACCUGGAGGCCCACUAGUCUACCCUUCCAUAUCUACUGUAAAGUAAAACUACCAGGAAAAUCAA